AUGGAGAUGCGUGGGUUGUGGUGGGCGGCAGUACCCAUCAUCAUCUCAAUCCUCUGGCUCUACACCAGCGUCCUCACCUCCUCCUUCCCCAUGCUCCGCAACAAGCGAAUCUGUCUCUUGAUAGCCCACCCAGACGACGAAGCAAUGUUUUUCGCCCCUGCAGUACUCGCCCUCACACGCCCCGAACUUGGCAACCAUCUCAAGAUCCUCUGCCUAUCAUCCGGAGACGCCGAUGGCUUAGGCCACAUCCGCAAGCAAGAACUGGUCAAAAGCGGAUUACUACUAGGUCUGAGAAAUGCAGAGGAUGUUUUGGUUCUGGAUGAUGAAAGAUUCCCUGACUCGAUGACAAAGACGUGGGAGAGCAAGGCGAUUGCAAAUCUGCUGGCUUCUACAUUUGCUCCGAAGAUGGCAAAGAUGGGUGCAAAGUCUGCUCCUGAAGCCAACAUUGACGUCUUGAUCACUUUCGACACUGUGGGUGUCUCUUCUCAUCCAAACCAUAUUUCGCUCUAUCAUGGUGGUGUUGCUUUUGUAAAGCAGAUUAUGCAGAGGCAUUCUGGUUGGGAGAAUCCGAUUAAGAUGUAUACGCUGUCCUCAGUCAAUGUGGCUAGAAAAUACGCGAGUGUUUUGGACGCGCCAUUGACGAUUGCAAGGACGGCGUUUAUGAAGAAGGAAGCUGGCGAGUUUCCUGCUCCACUGUUGGUCGUCAGUGGUGUAGGCGGAUACAGAAAAGCUCAACGAGCCAUGACGAACGCGCACGAAAGCCAAAUGAGAUGGUUCCGCUGGGGUUGGAUCAGUGUAUCUCGAUAUAUGGUUCUGAACGACUUGAAAAAGGUCAAGGUGGUUUGA